AUGAGCCAAAAGUAUACUAUCGUGCUGAAUCGUCCACGAAAGAAAGGCCUAACUUGGUCCCGUCUCACUUUCCCGGACAGAAUCGUUGGAUGCAUGUGUGAGCCCGAUUCUGGCCAUGUCAACUUCAUGAUCAUUCGCAAGGGAGUACCAAAGCGAUGCGAGUGUGGACACUGGUUCAAGGCUAUUGAUGCUGAUCCAGAAUCCGUUUAA